CAUCCAGAGUGAGAGUAAAAACCGACGAGACCCGAAGUCCAAUCUCUUGUUGGGAUGACAAUAGCUUAUCGGCGGGUUUAUUUUCCUCUGAGGUUGUGUCGUCGAGAUUUUCAUGUGCGUUUUUGUAUUAAAUAAUAAAACAAAUUAACCUUCAAAGUAAUACACUAAAAAAUAAAAUAAAUUGGUUCACAUAAAAUUUUAAUUCAUCAAUAAAAAGUGCACAAAGAUUUUGAUUUCAUUUAUUACUUUAAGUUUAUCAGAAAGUUUCAUAAUUACUUCUGAAAUGUACACAUUCAAGCCGCUUGUUUUUACUGAACAUUCUUCAAGCAGUGUUACAAGACCUGAAGAAAUACGCGACCACCACCCAUUUAUAAUACACUGUGAUGAUAAAAAUGUAUAUGCUCACAAUGGCGAUUUUUUAGAAUCCUUAACACAAACUGGAAUUCCUAAUAUCUGGGUGUAUAAUUUAGCUCGGCAACAAUGGAGAUUAAUAAGAGAUGAAAUUAAUUUACCAAAUGAUGGUGAUUUUAUAUUGAGUAUUUUUUUUGAAUCGAAUCAUUUAUAUAUUUUCACAAUAAAAAGACCUUAUGGUUAUAACGUCAAUCCGAAUCGCACAUGUCGAAUAUAUAUUUAUGAUUUAAAUACCAAAAGUGUAGUUAUCCGAGAAACAAGUGGACAAAUUCCAUAUCCUUUAUUACCACUUGAAAUGAUUCGUCAUGGAAAUUAUUUUUAUAUUGUCGGAAUCACAGAUGAUUUGGGAGAAUCCUCCAAUGUAUAUAGAUUAAAUAUGGAAAAUGGAAUAUGGGAAGCUUUUUAUACCUGUGAAGAACUUGAUAAUGAAUACAGUUCGAUUCCUAGAUCACGUUACACUUUAGUUUAUGGUAACAAUAUAAUUUAUAAAUUUGGUGAUAAUCUUCAAGUUCUUGGAUUUGAUUUAUAUUCUUUUGUCAGUAUAUCAGCGUUUGAUUUAGAAAAAUGCCGCUGGAAAAUAGUAGACACUCAUGGUGAUGAAAAUCACAUACCGCAGUAUCCAACUAAAAGAGAAAAAUACAGUGUAACGAGUUAUACUGAUCCAGUUACUGGCGAAAUAAAUGUUAUAAUGUCUGGAGGAGCAGAUUAUUCUUGGCGGGAUGCUUAUGAUCAUUUCGAAGAUACCUUGUUACCAGAACAAAAAUUCGUUGUUGCCUAUAACGAUGUCUGGAGAUUGAAUCUCACAAGUUUGAAAUGGACGUGUCUCGAUAAAUUUGGUAUUGUCUUGCCUCAUUGCGUUGAAAAUCAUUCAAUGGCAAUUUCCCCUGCUGGAAAAUUAUUCACAUUUGGCAAAUCAAUUUUCAAUGAUAGGAAUCAACGAAUUACUACAUCUUCUUUACACUCGGCUUGGCUCAGGAUUCCCAAACUCACAGACAUUUGUUGGGAAGCUAUUUUCUAUUACUAUCCAAAUUUGAAGUCAAUGACUGACAAAGAAAUAACUUCCCUCGGUAUUCCAUUGAAAUUAUUCAAGUCGCGUAUUGAUUGAGAUAAUAUUUAUAAAUAAAUUGUAAUAGUUAUAAAUUUAUUAAAAUCCAAAUUUGUUAUAUGCUCCAGUCGAUCCAUUGGUGAUGAGAUAACUUUUUUGUAAGCAAAGUACAUCUUUUUUAUAUUCAAAAAUUUUUUACUAUAAAUAAUUAAGAUAAAUAAUCCAAUAGUUGAAUUCUUUGUGA